AUGGGUGAAUGUGCUCGCUGCCACGUGGAUGGGUAUCGUGAAAAUGAGGUUCGCAUCUACUUUUCCGGGUGCUGCGACUGCCGCCUCUGCAGCCGUUGCCUGCAGCUGGCCAAAGCUGGGGCAUGCCCCGGCUGCGGCAUUCGAGCAAGGGUGGAAGACUUUUCGACGGACCCUCGGGAGAGCCGAGAGGUGGACAAAGAGAUGAAGGUUCGGCGGCAGAUCAAGCAGAUCUACUGCAAGAAAGAGCAGGAUUUUGCAACACCUGACGAGUGGGAUGAGUAUCUCAUGAUGAGGGAAGACAUCAUCUACAAGCUAGCACACUCCUCAUUGAAGGAUGAGGUGCAAGAAACCUGGCGUCAAGUGGAGCGGUACAAGGCCCAACAUGCCCUAGACAUUCGUCAAGUUCAGAAGCAGCAGCCUCACAAGAUUCUGGAGAAAAUGGCCGCUGUCAUCACAGCGGAAGGAACUUGCAAAGGAGCUGCAGGGUCAUUUUACGACAGACAUGCGAUACAAGUGCUGUUGCACGAGCCAAGACCGGUGAGAACCAUGGGUGAAUCAAUCCGCACGCCGCAGCUGACAACUGCAGCAACAAAGGAUGUUGGUCAUUUCCAAGAGACGUUUUCUCAUGGGCGCGUAGCAUUCGGGCACCAAACCUUGCAGAAAAGAGACUUUGCCGGCCGUGUCAAUGCCGACUGGGCCGCAGCUGCACAGUUCCACCAUCCUUUGCAGGAUCAAUACAACGAUCUCCUCAAAGAGUUGCCAGAGAGCCCCGUGGGUGCUCGAACCUCGCCAAUGGCGCCGCAGCCGCUGCUUGCGGGAAGCGCGCCAGCCACUGGAGCGGUGCAGAGUGGCGGUGGCCAGGAACCCGAUAUAGGUUUGCAGAAGGCACGCUACUUCUUUUUGGCUGAUUUGUCCAGCUUGGCUUCUGACUUCUCCGUUGCGGCCAAGCUUCAAAAAAGUCUCUAUGGAGCUGAACUGCAGUACUUGAAAUUCACUCUAUGGUGCCAGAAUGAAUCUCAGGCAACUCAGUUCCAGAUCAGAAGCACGGAGCAAAAGAAGGCGAUGUUCACAGCUGACAUUGCCAAGUCCACCGCAGACAUGGCCGCUGCCUCCACACAUUUGGUGGAGCGCUUUUGGUUUCAGCGUCAUGCAAGAGACUGUGAGGAGAUUGCUCAGUAUGAGUCGACCGAUGAAGCAGACCUUAAGGCAGCUACACUCUUGAGGGAGAAAGAAGCUGCAGAUUUUAAGGCCUUGGAGCUGGAAUUGGUGAAUGGCAUCCGCACCACCCAGGCAGCACAAGUGAAGCUACAGCAGGACAUUGUGGCUGCUGGUGGGGAGGUGGCAGCUGGGGCUCAAAAUGCCGCAUUCUUACAGCAGAAACAGCCCAGCAAGGCCAUGAAAGCCUUCAGCGAUGUCAUGGUGGCGACUGGGCGCAAAAAACAGGGGAUGGGAAACAUCUUGGGCCGCUCAGAUGAAGAAGAAGAAGCGGCUGAGCAGAAAGCGCUGGAAAGGUGGCGGCCCGAGGUUGCUGGUCAGACUGUGACAGUCAAGAAGAGGAACAAGAUGCAGCCGUUGAGAUGGAAGAACUUGAUGAGGAAGACCAGGAAGCACCAGGGUGGAGGCUCUGACAGUGAGGACGAUGAGUUCGAUGCAGAGGCUGAGGCAGCUGCAAAGCGUGAUGAAGCGCGAAAGAGGAAGAAGAUCAUCGUCCGCAUGGAGUUUGAGCCAUUGCUGUCUCUAAACGAGCCCCUGGGUACAACAUUAGAGGAGCCAGCAGAGAUUUUCUCAACUGGAAAGGGCGGAAAGCGCAACAAGCGCAUGGAAGAGGCUGCUUUGGAAGAUGCCAAAGGUGUCAGCGAAGACCCGGAUGAGCUGCGUUUCGCCCUGGAGCAGAGCAAGCGUUUUGUGGUGGAUGACCAUGUCGUUGAGAAGACCGUGGUGCAACGAGUCUUCGAUUGCAUGGCCAACGACAUUGAGCUCAUCGAACGGGUAGACCCCGAGGAGGAGCAACGUGCCAAACGUGAAGAGAAGGAGCUGGGUGGCCAGGAUGCAGCAGAGAAAAAGGCCCUGGCCUUCCGAAGGUUGCAGGUGCAAAUCAAAAUUGAAGAAUUUCUCAAGUCCUACACCCGCGGGCAGAAUUUGGUGAAGAUCAAUGCCCGAGGGAAGAGAUAUGCCAGGCGGGUGUAUGUUGAUACAGCCAAGCGAGCCCUGGUGAUUCAAGGAGCCAAUGGGCCGAAGAUCUUCCCCUUUGCAGCAAUGAAAGAGGUGGAUCUUGAGACGCGAACCACCAAGGAAGGCCGGGUUGAAACCUUGCUGAUUUGUGCCAUUGAGAAGGAAGGACGCAUUGUGAAGGAGCUGACUCCUGCAUUCCCUGACCAAGCAAAGGCCAGUGCCUUUGUGAACUGCGAAUUGACAAAGGCGGCUGCUCUCACUAGCAGUGACGACAUGAAGACGUGCGCAGCCUGCAGGAGCUUCCCAGCACAGGAUUUGACAGGCCAUUGCUAUGGUGACAGCAUGUCCAAACACCAAGGCGUGGCGGCACUUGGUGAACUUGGUGACUUUCUAGACCGCCUGUUUCGUGUGGCAUGUGUUCGCUUGGGCCGGCUCGGCUGUUUGUGGUGGCAGACGCUCUAUCGGCUGUGGUGGUGGCGGCCGUCGCGGCUGUUUCGUGUGGCAGGCGCAGCACUUGGUGACUCCCCAGACUGUCUGGCUGCGGGGGUGGCCGCUUGGGCCGUGGCAGUGCGGAAGGAUGUAAGACUCAACACAAAUGAGAGCGAGAGGAACGACUCACCAAACAGUGAGGGCGCCCAAAAGAGAAGACCCUCAAUUCGCACGAAGCAGAGCGAGGGAUACAAUUCAGAAAUUCACGAGGUCUAUGAGCAUGACAAAGACCACUUAGAGUGGCUGAACAUGUCUCUGAAGCACCUUUGGCCAGAGAUGAGCGAGGCUGCCAGAGCUGUGGCGGUCGGCAAAGUCCUCCCAUCGAUUAAAGCCAAACUUCUAGCGAAGGGAAAGGGUGCGAUCUAUGAUGUGAAGUUUUCAGAGUUUACCCUGGGUUCUCAGCCCGUUGUGUUGGGUCCAAUCCAGGUCUCACGAAUGCCUCGAGGAUCUGUGCGUGUUCGUGUCCUAUUGGACUACAGGUCCGACAUGCACGUGGAAAUGGAAUUGGACACGUCCUAUGGGCGGUGGUGCUUUGGAAUGAGGGACUUCCGGAUUGUGGGAGAGAUGGUCACGCGUGUGCGUCCACACAUUCCAGACUCUCCCGGCACCGGCAGUGUUUCAGUCUUUUUCGUGGACCCGCCGAAGGUGGACUUCACAUUCUCUGGGAACAUGUCUUUCGGGAAUUUCCCGUUCGUCAAGGAAGCCAUCAGACACAGUGUCGACUCAUUGAUCGCAGAAAUGUUUGUUCUGCCGAAUGUAGCCACCCAACACAUCAGCCUUACAGAUCUGAAAAUGUACCCUUUGGUCUUUUCGAGCCCUGUUCCGGUGGGGAUUUUGCGAGUCACUCUUCAAGAGACGGUCCUGGAAUCCAAAAUAGUGGAAGUCGCAUCCGAGGAGAAGUCGCCCAGCAAGAAGAAAGCCGGCACAGGUAUUCUCUCGCGGAUGUUCAGUCCCUUCACAAAGGCAUUCAAGGGCGUCUUGUAUGCCUGGGAAGAGACAGAGGAAUUCAUUGAAAGACAAGUUGGUGCUGUGAUCGGUGUGACCACUGAGCCAUAUAUGAAGUGGCAGUUGGGCCAGCAGGUGUGGAUGCCGGAUUUCAAGCCUGGCGCUUCCUUCAAUUUUGCCAUGUACGAUCCUGAGCAGCAUGUGAAAGUGUCGCUUUGGGAUCGUGACCUUCUUUCCAAAGACGAUCUCAUGGGAGAGACGACGUUUCAGGCGGUGAAGGCCAUCUUCCAUUCUGGGGAACGCGUGCCGCUGAUCGUUCCAGGCGAAGAGGAUCUCUCCGCAGGGACAUUCAAUGCCAAGAUCGAGUUCUUGGUGACCUCGCCGGGACACAACAGCAGCGAGGGUUACCUGGUAGUGAUCCGCGUGAGAGAGUUCCUGCAGGGUGGAUCAGCUCUUAAGGGCAAGAAGCUGGCCAUGCGUGCCGUGUUUGGCGACGAGCAACAAAUCACCAAGGCUGGUGCCGCAAUGCUGGACAUCACUGAGACAAUUCCAGCGAAGGCAAUGCUGAAGAAGAUUGAGGAGAAUAUGAAUGAAGCAGGUGUCGAUGAGGAAGCCAUUCAAAAGGUCUUGGAUCUUGAAUCGCUGCGACAAUGCAGCUUCGCAAUCAAUCGAUCGUUGCAUUUUGUCGUUGCCAACCAUGAGAUUGAAGAAGGAGAGGUCUCUCUUCACUUGGUUGACAUGGACAUUGUCCAGCAGAAGAAAGGCAAAGACAAGAAGGAGUCACCCAGGUCACCGAGAUCCCCAAGGGCCAGUGAGGCGGAUGAAGAGGUGGUUGGCUCUAUGAAGAUCUCACUGAAGCAGUUGUACGAAGCGGAAGGCUUGGAGAUUGGAGGCCCUUUCGAAUUUGAUGCAAAAGAACUCGGAAAGAUUGACGUGAAAAUGCAUGUGCACUUGAGUGGCCUGGAACCAACAAGUCUGGAGACGGUCAACAAAAUGGCUGUCGACGAGGAUAAGAUGGCUGCGGAAGUGGAAGAGAUCUUGCAGGAAAUGUGA